CUGGCGGCGUGUUUAUGCUCCGUCUGACUCGUGCGUUCCGGGAUGAAAAUUUGACCGGGGCACGUUUGUUCGCAGACGAAUGUGAUUGAUUCCCUGCCCUCGCGGGAUGCACGGGUGCGCGGGCCUACGUGUUUCCUGCUGCUUGCGGCGCACGGGCACCCUGGUGGUGGCACUGCACGCUGCUCAGGCGAUGUGCGGCUUGCAUCCAAUGGAGACGAAACCCAUGGCUGACCAGGGCAGGGGCCGCCAGCACACAGCAAAGGGCUGGCGACACCCGCACGCCACCUGCUCUGCACGUGGCUACGUGCGUUCUUGGGCCUGUUGUAUUCGUGUUAUGUUUUGCGUGCCGUGGGGUUUGUUUCAGUCCGCCACGUGACUCUUCCUGUGCUCCACGUGACUCUCCAUGUGCUCCACGUGCUCCUUCUCUCUCCUUCUGUCUCUCGCCUGUCUCUCAUUCCGCAUCGGCUCUAACUUUUCAUGUACCUCACCUGCCUCGUUCCUCGUGUUUCUCCGUAGUGUCCAUCGAAG